UUAUUUUGCUGUGCACCCACCACAACUGUACCACAGUGUAUUGCUUCAAUAAAGCCGCAGUUUGAAAGUAUCACUCUGGCCUCCCGUGGAUAAGUCUGUCAGCGAUGCGAGCGGGUAACAUUUCUGCGCAUACUAAGUAUCGGACGAAGCUACUGACAUCCCAUUCCUAUAUUACAGUACAGUGAGCUGAGUGCCUCCAGCUCCCAUGCACAGCCUGAGAAUUCAGGGAGCAAGAAGUGGAAGGGAGGGAUUAUUAGGGUUUUUGCAGAAAUAUUCAAUAAAUCAGCCUGAAACACUACUUUGUUAAGCACAAUUCUUCAAUAUCUAAAUGAGUAUAAUGCUCUGGUACAUUCUUAUUUUUUACACUAUAUGUCUCCUUUAAAAAUUGUUAGCAAUGUUAUUUUUAGGAACAGGAAGUGCUUCCAAUGAGCAAAGCUAGUACUGCCACAUAUUUGUUGAAGAUAACUCGGUACGCCUCCAAUGCCCUAAAGCAGUCAUACCAAGACAUAUACACCUUUAUUAAUAAAGUUUUGUCAGAAAUCAUUUAACUGCUACAAAUGACCGAACUGUAUCAGCAGCUGACUGACAUUUCAAUUACAAUCUAACUUCCGGUACUCUCCUUCUGCCCCGACCUUCUCAAGAUGGUAGCUUCCAACGGAUGUACCCUUUUCCCCUAAACGCCCAUCAACAUCACAUCCGAUAAGGAGGUGCAUCUGUGGGUCACGUGAUUGUCAACCGCCUCCCGCUCAUCGUAACCGAAAAACAAUAAUAAUGAAAUGUAGAAAAACAACAACAGACAGACGGACGGAUAUGGUUUGUGUGUUGGUAGAAAGGAUAAGUCGAAGGAUACAAAGGCGAACGAACGGUGAACUUGCUGGACAGAGUUCUUGGGGGUAAACAGGCCAAGGCCUUUACGCGUCACGUGGUAUUGCACUGUGGUGUUUCCCCGGUAAAGAUGGCGGCGGUGAUGUAGAAAGCGUCAGGUUUUGAGGAAACAGCAGUACUUUCUCAGCGGCAGAGAGGUUGACACGAAGAGGAAUACAGAAUUACAUUGUAAGUGUGAAUGUACUUGGGGUAAUAACAAAGGACAGGGGGGCCGAUAGGCAUCACGAAAGAGGAAGGAACGAGUGUACUAUUUACUGCCGGACUGCUGGAAGGUAUCGGUAAGGCCCCACCGAGCCUCCCAACGGUGGCUGCAAUUUCUAGUGGCGCAAGUUACGGUUCCCCAGAGAAUCGGAGCCCCACGGUCCAGGUUUCGUUUUCCAAAAUGUUCGCUAGAGAGUCCUUGUCCCAGAUCCACGUGUAUCACAAGUCACUGCCUAGCAAUGGGCACACGCAGGGCCUGGAACUUUCAUUUGCUUGAGUCAGCUCCUAGCACCAGCUUUUCUACCACUUCCUGGAUGGGACUGGAGCUACGUCUCCGCAUCGUCCAGCGCUUGACCGCACGUCGGGUUACUGUAGAUCUGUGCCGGCCGUAUGUUAUAUAUGGCUGUAGAGUUAGAAGCAUGACCCGAGGCCACAGCUAUCGCAUCACUGCCCUUGGAUACACGCGGUGUCACUUGUGCUGUGUUAUAAACACAACGUUUCCCGACCUGCCUUGCUCUUGCAAAUGUGACUCUGUGUGCUGGGACCUGUAGUUCCGCACUUCCCAAAGACUCUGGCUUUAAAAGGCUCUGCUUUGUAGAGGGUGUUUUGACUAUUUUAUUGUCUAAUGAUCUUUCUGCAUUAUAACGUGAUUGGAAUUAUUGCUGGUUCUGUAAAUCCUUUGACAUUACAUUAGUCAUCUUGGCCCAACCCGGAAGUUUAUGUUCUUAUAGCACGUGGUAAGGAGGAAGGUUGAGGAGAAUCGUGGUCAUCCCAGUUCUGCUGAUACUUUUUGCUACACUAAGUUGUUUCAAGAUGAUGGAUCCGGGUCAAGAUUUAUUACUUGCUGCUCUGAGUGAAAGUGGAAUAAGUCCCAAUGACCUUUUUGAUGGAGAUUCCUUCGAUAUUGGCCUUAUUGCCCCAACACCAGUGCCAGCCAUUCAGCAGUCCGUGUCAAUUAGCGGAUCUGGAGGCAGCAAGGAAAAUGAGGCAUCUGUUUCUGCUAAGCAAGAGCCAGUGACUGCAUCUGCCUCAGCUUUAUUGAAUGUCAGGCAUCCAUCAACAACAACCUUUGUACUUAAUCAAAUUAACCAAUUACCCACACUGGGUAACACAAUUGUAAUGACAAAGAACACACCUGUAACCACAACUCGGCAGACAAUCACCGUAACCAAAUUCUUGCAAACCAAUUCUACAACAAGACCAUCCACAACUGCACCUGUUGUACAGACUACAGUGACUGCUGUGCCAUCUAGAGAUCAAAUACAACUGAAAGAUCUAUUGAAAACUAGCAGUUUGAAUAAGCUAAUGAAAUUAAAGCCACCUUCAAACAUAGCACAGCCUGUUGCAACGGCUGCUAAGUUUCUAAUAUUAUCUCCAAAGGUAGUAUGCCCAACUAAGUCAGCUGACCUACCCAAUGGAGCAAAGAAAGAUAUUUCUAGUAAAGAGGUAACAAGGAUAUGGAUUAAUGAGGAUCUCAAACUGAGAAGUUUCUCUCCUACUAAUAAAGUCCCAGUUAAAGAAGAUGAAGAACCUGAAGAGGAAGAUGAAGAGGAAAUGGGACAUGCAGAGACCUAUGCUGAGUACAUGCCAAUAAAAUUGAAAGUUGGGCUUCGUCAUCCUGACCCUGUUGUAGAAACCAGCUCUCUGUCUAGUGUGAAACCUCCAGAUGUUUGGUUUCAGACCACUAUACCAGAGGAAACCAUUGAUAAUGGUUGGUUGUCUGCUCUUCAGUUAGAAGCCGUGACCUAUGCUGCUCAGCAACAUGAAACUUUCUUGCCUAAUGGGGAGAGAGCUGGCUUUUUGAUUGGUGAUGGUGCAGGAGUUGGCAAAGGAAGAACUAUAGCUGGAAUCAUAUUUGAAAAUUAUUUACUCAGUAGGAAAAGGUCCUUAUGGUUUAGUGUCUCAAAUGAUUUAAAGUAUGAUGCUGAACGAGAUCUAAGAGACAUUGGUGCAAAAAAUAUUUCGGUUCAUUCUCUUAACAAGUUCAAGUAUGGUAAAAUAUCCUCUAAGCAUAAUGGCAGUGUGAAGAAAGGAGUUAUAUUUGCUACCUAUUCCUCCCUCAUUGGUGAAAGCCAGUCUGGUGGUAAAUACAAAACUCGCUUAAAGCAGCUUCUUCAUUGGUGUGGAGAAGAUUUUGAUGGUGUUAUCGUGUUUGAUGAGUGUCAUAAGGCUAAGAAUUUGUGCCCUGUUGGUUCUUCAAAACCUACAAAGACUGGUUUAGCAGUGUUAGAACUUCAAAAUAAGCUGCCAAAAGCCAGGGUCAUAUAUGCGAGUGCCACAGGUGCCUCUGAACCAAGAAAUAUGGCUUAUAUGAGUCGUCUUGGGAUUUGGGGUGAGGGCACCCCUUUCAGAGAAUUCAAUGAUUUUAUCCAAGCUGUUGAAAGAAGAGGUGUGGGUGCAAUGGAGAUAGUUGCUAUGGAUAUGAAACUAAGGGGAAUGUAUAUUGCAAGACAGCUGAGCUUCACUGGAGUCACCUUUAAGAUUGAAGAAGUUCCUCUCAGCCACGAUUAUGUAAAAAUGUACAAUAAAUCUGUCAAACUGUGGGUGUUAGCCAGAGAGAGGUUCCAGCAGGCAGCUGAUCUCAUAGAUGCAGAGCAGCGAAUGAAGAAAUCCAUGUGGGGGCAGUUUUGGUCUGCCCAUCAGAGAUUUUUUAAAUAUCUCUGUAUAGCAUCCAAAGUCCGAAGAGUUGUUCAGCUUGCAAGGGAAGAAAUAAAAAAUGGCAAGUGCGUUGUCAUUGGCUUGCAAUCUACUGGAGAGGCUAGAACACUGGAAGCUUUGGAGGAAGGAGGUGGAGAACUGAAUGAUUUUGUCUCUACAGCAAGAGGAGUUCUGCAAUCCCUGAUUGAGAAACAUUUUCCUGCUCCUGAUCGAAAGAAACUUUUUAGUUUACUAGGAAUAGACCUAUCUGCACAAAGCAAUAAUAAUUCUCCUAGGGACAGCCCAAGCAAAGACGGCAAAGUAAAAAAGAGAAAAGGUGAAGAAUUAUUAAAGGAAGCCAAGAAACCUCGUAAAUCAGGUGGCCUUGCAGGCAGUAGCUCAGAUGAAAUGGACAGUGAAUCAGACACAUCUGAGAAGGAUGCAGAAAGUGAAAGUGAAAGCUUUAAAUCUGUCAGCUCUGGAGAUGAUGAUGAUUUUAAUCCAUUUAGAGAUGAAUCAAGUGAGGAUGAAGAAGAUGAUCCAUGGCUAAUUAGAAAGGACCAUAAGAAAAACAAACACAAAAAGAAGAAAAAGAAAAGCAUUGAUCCAGAUUCUAUUCAAAGUGCCUUAUUAGCCUCUGGCCUUGGAUCUAAACGUCCAAGCUUCUCUUCUGUUGUUAAAGCUGCAGCUACCAGUACUACUACCACUACAAGCGUUCCAGCUCCUAUAAAUAAUACUAAUGUAAGUAAUAGCUGUGUGACCAGUCAGGAUGCUGUGGAGAGGGCACAGAAAAUGAAGAAGGAGCUGCUGGAAAAGCUAGAAAACGUGUCUGAAGCUCUCCCUCCAAACACACUAGAUGAGCUCAUUGAUGAACUGGGAGGUCCAGAUAAUGUAGCAGAGAUGACUGGACGGAAGGGCAGAGUUGUAAGCAAUGAUGAUGGAAGCAUCUCUUAUGAGUCACGGUCAGAACUUGAUGUGCCAGUAGAAAUAUUAAAUAUUACUGAAAAGCAAAGAUUUAUGGAUGGUGAAAAGAACAUAGCAAUCAUCUCUGAAGCAGCAAGUUCAGGAAUUUCAUUGCAAGCUGACCGUCGAGCAAAAAAUCAAAGGCGAAGGGUUCAUAUGACCUUGGAAUUACCUUGGAGUGCAGACAGAGCCAUUCAGCAGUUUGGAAGAACUCACAGAUCCAAUCAGGUUACAGCCCCUGAAUAUGUCUUCCUAAUUUCUGAACUAGCUGGAGAACAAAGAUUUGCUUCCAUUGUUGCAAAAAGAUUAGAAAGCUUGGGGGCAUUAACACAUGGAGACAGGAGGGCAACAGAAUCAAGAGAUUUGAGUAGAUUUAACUUUGAUAACAAGUAUGGUAGAAAUGCAUUGGAGAUUGUUAUGAAAUCCAUUGUAAGCUUGGAUUCCCCACUGGUGUCUCCCCCACCUGAUUAUCCAGGUGACUUCUUUAAAGAUGUGCGGCAAGGAUUGAUCGGUGUUGGCCUUAUUAAUGUUGAAGACAGAUCAGGAAUUCUGACUCUCGAUAAAGAUUACAACAAUAUAGGAAAGUUCCUUAACCGUAUCUUGGGCAUGGAAGUACAUCAACAAAACGCUCUCUUCCAGUAUUUCUCUGAUACACUCAAUGCUGUUAUACAGAAUGCCAAAAAGAAUGGAAGAUAUGACAUGGGUAUUUUAGACCUUGGAUCUGGAGAUGAAAAAGUGAGGAAGUCUAACACUAAAAAGUUUUUGACCCCUGGCUAUUCUACUUCUGGCCAUGUGGAGUUGUAUACAAUAAGUGUUGAAAGAGGAAUGUCUUGGGAAGACGCAACUAAAAUCUGGGCUGAACAGACUGGACCAGAUGAUGGAUUUUAUUUAUCUCUUCAGAUAAGGAACAACAAGAAAACUGGCAUAUUGGUGAAGGAAAUUAAUCCAAAAAAGAAACUCUUCCUGGUGUACAGACCAAAUACAGGGAAACAGCUGAAAUUAGAGACUUUAUCAGAUUUAAAAAAGAAGUACAAAAAGGUAAGCUCUGAAGAUGCCCAGUCUCAUUGGAAAGAGCAGUACGUAUCAUCUGCAGAUAUCUGUACUCAUGCUUAUUGGCGGGGUAACUGCAAAAAAGCAAGCUUGGGCCUGGUCUGUGAAAUAGGACUGCGCUGCCGGACGUACUAUGUAUUGUGUGGCUCUGUUCUAAGUGUGUGGACUAAAGUGGAAGGAGUUCUAGCUUCUGUCAGUGGUACAAAUGUAAAAAUGCAAAUUGUCCGCUUAAGAACUGAAGAUGGGCAGAGAAUUGUUGGUUUGAUCAUUCCUGCAAAUUGUGUCUCCUCACUGGUGACUCUACUGUCCACUUCUGACCAGUCUCAGCAAAUUGCAGUUCAACAACAACAGAUGUGGCAACAACUUCACCCUCAGAGUAUCAGCCACUUCAGCGCCCUGUAACAUAAGAACACAAAAGUGGUGACCUGGGUGUAGCAAAGCUAUACAAAUCAGGGACAGAUUCCAAAGAGUUCGUGUACUUGAGCAUAUAUAUAUAUAUAUAUAUAUAUAUAUCUUCGACGGAGCAGAACUGCAAACUGUACCAUGCAGCUUUCUUUUGUUCAUGAAUUAAUACAGUGCUCAGGGUUUAACUUGGUAAUCAAUGAGAAUUCGUAGGAAGCGUUCCCUAAAUGCAUGUACAUGGAAGGUAUGAUGCAUACAAUAUAUGUAUAUAUCGGUUGUCUUUCCCUCUCUUGUAAUGUUAAGAUGCAUGCUUUCAUUAAUGCACUGUAUUUAAAAAGGGUAUAUUUGUGUUUCUUCCUCCGUUUGGUUAAUGCAGCGCAUGUCUCUGAAAGCAUGUAUAGAAAGCCUACUGAAAGUCCUGUUGUAAGGAAAGAAACUUUAUUUUCCCCAUUUUUUUUUUUUUUUGUUGAAUUCCAUUUUUUUUACCCACUUUCCAAACAUUUGGUCUUAACUUUUGUUUUUUGAGAACUUCUUCCCAAAUUCUGUAACCAUGGAAUAUUUCUAUUGUGCUGCAGAAAGGGCUUGUGCCUUUUAUCCAAACUGACAAAACCUUAUUCCCUGUUUAUUCUGCAAUGGGAACAAUCAAAUUCCACCUCCACUUUUAGUUUUAUUUUUUUCCUACGUAGCUUAAUGUAAUUUAAUAAAAGGCGUUUUCACUGAAGUCUUGAGAUGUACCUGUUUGAAUAACUCAAGGCUCCCUGCUGAUGUGUUUUGGCCUUCUCUGUAACUUGAAUACCAUUUAAUAUGUUGUAAGACAUUGUAGAGUUUAUCUUGAGCUGUUAAAAAUUGUAAUGUACAAAUGUGAAUAGUUAUCUAUAAUAUAAGGUUUUUUUUGCCUCCAAUAGUUCAUGUUUAUAAGGACGUGAAAAGGACAAUGUCUCUGUUUUGUUUUCUCUUUUUGCUUGCACAGGUUGCACUAUUGAACGUUUUGAGACUGUAAAAACCUGUUUAAAUCUCCUGCAAGGUACUGGCAUCUUGUAUGGAACAAAUAAACGUUAUUGUACUAACCAACAAA